GAACAUCGAUACAUCCAUCAGCUACCCGGCAGCUUGAAAGGCAAAACUUUGUUUACGUUUUGUUAUUGAGCUUUAGUUGAGCUAAACAAACAAAACAAAAACAGGGUGCCGUGAAGAUUUGUAUGGAAUUAUUACGAUGGACACACCGUGGCAGCUGCAGGUGCUCUUGCAGAUGCUUCUAUCGUGGACAUUGGCGGCCAACGGGCAUCGUGAGUUGUUUCCCUCUCUCCGCCAGGGCACAACAGCCUCCUCCUCCGCCACAACAACUCUAAACGUGCUCUCCGAUGCAGGCAAGUUCGUGAUGCUGCCGAAGGUGGUGGGCGGCUAUUCGAUAACGAUCGAACAGGUCCCGUUCCAGCUGUCGGUGCGUCGCCGGACGAUGCACGAAAGGGCAUACGGAUUGGGCCUCAUCUGUGGCGGGGCAUUGAUCUCGCAGCGUGUGGCCUGCUCGGCGGCCCACUGCUAUGCCGUAAACAACACACACAACCCGGUGAGGUAUCACGAUCCGACCAUGUUCGUGGUGGUGGCGGGCAGCACACAAAUCGACCAGGCCGACAGGCACACCAAGGAGUAUCUGGUGCAGCAAAUCAUCGCCCACAGCGCCUACAAUGCCUCCUCGCUGGAGAACGACAUCGCGCUGCUCUUCCUCAACGGCUACGUGUCGUGGCAGUCGAGGGCCGUGCGAGCCAUUCCGCUGGCCACCAAGGCCCAGACUGAGGGCACCACGUGCCUGAUCAAUGGCUGGGCUGCGAAUCUCUUCCCGAAGGUGGGCAAAUCGGCAUCGCUGCAGCAGGCGCCGGUGCCCAUCCUGAACAAGAGCCUCUGCCGUGCCAUCUACAUGCUGCCAGUGUCCCAGCUGUGCGCUGGCUUCAUGCAGGGCGGCAUCGAUGCCUGUCAGGGUGACUCUGGCGGUCCCCUAAUCUGCGACGGCCAGCUGGCGGGCAUCAUCUCGUGGGGCGUGGGCUGUGCGGAUCCCGGCUUUCCCGGCGUCUAUACCAAUGUCUCGCACUUUGUUGAUUGGAUCCAAAUGGUAAACGCCACGCUCGACUACUCCAAAUACACGGUGGUGGGCUCGGCGGAUCUGGCCAGCGGUGCCCAACGUACCUGGUGGCUGGCCUUGGCAUUUCUGCUUAUCGCUCUGGGCGGGAGCUGGAGCGGGGGCUGGAACUUGAACUGGAACUGGGGCUGAUGAUGUGCGGGCCAAGAUAUGGAAUGUUGGACAGCAAUAAUAAAAUCAUCAUUCAGCUUGUCUCUUCUGUCAUUUAAUAAUCUAAUCAUCUCCGCAUACGCACUUGUGUAUCGAUUGCCCAACCAUAGAUACAGAAAUCGAAUUGCCGUAUGACUAAAAGGGUGACACAAUAACCAAUUUUAAUCAGCCACAAGGACUGGGACAGGGAGUGGGACUGGGACUGGGAGUGUUGCGCCUGCCCCUCAAGAUCAAAGACCGAGAAAACCCAACGACCUACACCUACCUCCAAGACCCAACAAAUAUCGUUUUAACUGCUCGAUUCUGUGGGUUCCAAUAGAUAAUAUUUAUUAACGGAUAAGAGCGCAUUCAAUAUAUCUGAUUGUUAUCUGAUGAUAUGCCAAAUCAAAUCAUAAUUGGAUCAUAAAUAUGUACAGACAAUACGAGAAUGAACCGAAAAGUACAAACCUCCUUUUGGAUUUUUGAUUGUUGCAAUUGCCGAGCCUCGAACCUCUUCAAAAUAU